AGAUACAUACUUCAAAUUUAUAUAGGUUAGCUGCCAAAAAUUUAGGAAUUUAGUAUUUUUUUAAUUAAAAAGCGACGAAAAUGUAUCAAACUAUAAAGCAAUUGGAAGAAAAAAACGUCGCCCAAGAGAUAGAUAUAUUGGUUUGGAGUAAUCGAAUGGAUUUAGUGGCAUUUUCUAACCUAAAAGGAGAAGUUGCUCUACAUCGCCUUACAUGGGCUCGGGCAUGGAACUUAUCUCCCCAUAAAGAUGGAAUUCAAGUCAAAGCAAUGGCCUGGAGACCAGACAGCAAAAUAAUAGCAAUAGCAUACAGUUUAGGCGAAAUAUUCUUGGUGGAUGUCGAGAACAAGAAUAUUCUUCAUAAAAUAGAAGUACAAGGUGAGAUAUCAUGUUUACAUUGGGUGCAAACAAGGAAAUCAAACAAAUCAGCAGGGAACCUUUUAUGCGAAGAUGAAGAGAACAAACAUCAAAUAAAAUAUGCAGAUAAUUCUUCUACAUUUCUGGCAGAUCUUCAGCCUCUGUCUUCAUCUGCUGGUCAGCAUAAUCAUCAGAAACCAAACUUAUGUGAAAAUCAGAAAGAUCUGAAUCUUCUUAUAAUUGGUACAAGGGAAGGUUUGGUUCAUUUAAGUAUUUUUGGAAAAUUCAUGUGUGCAACAAUUAAUUUAAACAAAUACUACGGUCACAGGUGUUCAAUUUUAAAUGCUACAUUCUCAAAUGACUUAAAUUUCAUAUUUAUUACGAUAAAGGACGAAAAUGGGCACAUUAAAGUUGCCAUAUUAAACACAGAUAUUUUUAAAACUCACAAACAUGAGUUAUUUGCAGUAGCCAAUAAGCACAGCCACAUAGAUAACUUAAUACCGUACUUGUGGGACACCAUUGGAACGAUUAAAGAGACGUGGGAAACAAUUUUGCUAGAAAUGGACGCCAAAUUAAAGAAAUACGCGUCGAAAGUCUCCGAAGGGACUCUAACAGCCGAUUUUCUUGAUCUUUUAAUGUUUGGCAUAACUAGCACAGAAAUGCAAGAGUUUUUGUUGCACGAUUUAACCGAGAAAGGUCUAAAAAAGUUUGGUCAAGUGAUUGAAACUUGCUAUGCAAACAUUCAACAGUUAUUACUAAAGAACUUGACGAAAGUUGGUCAAAAUAUAACUUAUCAUCUCGCAGAACUUCGAGGAAUGGCCAGACUCAAAACCAGAUUCGAAGUAAUUGGUCUGACUGAAGAACCAAUUACUGAAGCUAUAAACUUAGCAGGGUCCUUCUUGAGUAAAGGGGGCGAAAUGCAACAGAUUAUCAAUCAGUCAAUGAUUAAAUAUAAGGCAUUCUUCCGGUGGCUGUAUAUGGCCAUUGUUAAUUUGAUGGAAGAGCAAAUUCCUGAGAUGCCCAAGAUGACUCAACAAGACAUCUCUAAUAUUACUGAAUUUAUUUUAAAUUUUGAUCGAAUUGGACGGACAGAAGGAAGUCGAGACCCCUCAGGAAAAGAGUUUACAAUGGAAAGACUGGGUCAGUAUCUUGAGAACGCGCCCUUGUCUGCGCCCCCCAAUAUUGACGAGAACAUAUGGAACAAUUUCCUAAUGCAUAACGAAUGUCUUAGAGAGCAUCCGGACAUUAUCAGGCGGUACCAGAAUAAUUCUUUGGUGCAGCAAUUGCACGCUUUAGAAAAAUCAAUCGAUAAGAUAUUCGAACAGCCGAAAUUCCUUACGGCUCGCGAUUUAAAUUUAAAACAUACUAUAGACAGUUUAGAGGACGCGCAAAUGACCGAAAUACAUUCUGACGAUAAUCAGACGUUUGUGGCGAGUUUAGAUAAAAAAAUUGGCAUCUUUUUAACGCAAAUCGUUCCAGAAAUAAAAGGGAAAAGCGUGUACAUAUUCUUCGCUCACAGUAAUACUGAAAAGUAUCAGAUAACGGACUUUAAAUUUUAUAGCGUCAACAUUUUGUCAGUUUUAUUACAAGAAUCCAACGCAAAGGCUUCCGGACUACUCUGUCAGUUGCCUAUAAAUUUAAUACAAGAUAAGAUGGUUGAUUACGAUUUGAAUCGGUCGAUUUGUGGGCAAAAUAUACCGAAAAUUAACGGAUUUGAGUUGGGAUCUUCGGUUGUUACAAAAAGUCUCGAUGAUAUGGCUUGUAGUAAGUUUGCUGUUUCGGGUGCCAGAAAGGUUUGUAUCGUUCUCUCAAAGAACAGAAAAAAAAUCAGACUUUUCGAAAUGGAAGCCGACGAAGAAGAGGAAGAAGACGCCGAUAUGACAAGUAGUAUCAUUGAAAAUAGCGACACAUAAUUAAUAAUUAAUUAAAUGCGUUGUUUUGUACUUUUUGUAAGU